AGAGGCGCGCGGGGGGGGGCAUAGACUUGAGCGUAGGGCCGGCUCCACUUCCGCUUCCGGGUCGCGGCAAAAGCUCGGGGCGAAGUGAGGAGGGGGAGGAAAGAGUCGCUUGUAGCCGGAGUCGCCGCCAUCGUCCUCGCUAUGCCCAAAGGAGGUAGGAAAGGAGGCCACAAAGGCCGGGCACGGCAGUACACAAGCCCCGAGGAGAUUGAUGCUCAGCUGCAAGCAGAGAAACAGAAGGCCAAGGAGGAGGAGGAACAAGAGGAAGGCGGCGAUGGGGCAACAGGCGAACCCAAAAAGAAGGAGAAAUCACUAGAUUCAGACGAGAGUGAAGAAGAGGAUGAGGACGAUGAAGACUACCAGCCAAAGCACAAAGGCGUGGAAGGCAUGAUAGACAUAGAGAAUCCCAACCGCGUUGCACAGACAGCCAAAAAAGUAACUCAGAUAGAUAUGGAGAGCCCCAGGGAAUUGUCGCGGAGAGAACGAGAAGAGAUCGAGAAACAGAAGGCGAAAGAGAGGUACAUGAAGAUGCACCUCGCCGGGAAGACAGAGCAAGCCAAGGCAGACCUCGCCCGACUAGCCAUCAUCCGGAAACAGAGGGAAGAGGCAGCCAAGAAGAAAGAGGAAGAAAGGAAAGCUAAAGACGAUGCAUCCUCAGCAGGCAAAAGACUGCAGUCCCUGUCCCUUAACAAGUAAGCGCCAGCCACAGGAGAGGAGGGGAACUUCCCAGGAACUGUGCCUGGCUGGCGCCUGCUGGGCACUCUUUGAGGCUUCACACACACAGAAGGCGACGCCGCAGCGUGAAGAGCACGGCCGUAACCGGCGUCCUCUUCCCUCCUAAGAGACACUUGGCCAGCAGCGUGUUCGUCUUCAUCUGGGCACAGAAUUCCAUGGUGGGGAGGGAGGGGUGGGUGGGGAGGGGGGGAACAAGUGGGGUGGGCAAGCUAUUAUAAUCCUUUGACGCGGGAGUCGCGAGGGCAGCGAUUCUCCCGCACAGCCGCUUCAGGAGGGGGUGCUAUAAACCGAACGAUUUUGCUGUAUUUCAAAUUCGAGAUUACCUAUCCGGGGGGGGGCAGGAAAAAGCUGGAGCCAUAAUGGAGGGGGCGGGGGAAGAUAGGGAUUCAGCGAGGCUGCGAGAGGGGAGUGGGGGUCAGUAGUCUUGGCAUGCAGGCGCAAAUCCAAAAUGCUGGCGCGGGUGCGUGUGUUUGCGAUAGGCACUCGUCUGAAAAACGGCCUGCGGGGUUGGAAUGUGGAGCAGCAAAGAAAUAAAAACACAUUUGGAUCUGGA